GUGACUCCAGCACUGAAUAUGUUAUGCCUAAUAUAUAACAUUUAUUCCAUCAUGCAUGUAUAUAAAGAGGAUUUCAUUGGUAAUAGUAGUGAACUAAGAAGCAAACCAAGAAUAUGACCAUGGAUAGUCCAUCAUCAAAUAGUCUUACAAGUCCUAUGUUGUUGUCUCAAACAUCAUUGGACACAAACAAAUGGUGGUUUAUUAUUAUUAAUAAGGUCAUUGAUGUUGAAGAAGCCAAGAAACAAACAUUGUUUUGUUUGCCAAUGAUUGUAGUGAAUAGUUGUUUCUACUUCAUCAAUCUUGUAUCUGUCAUGUUUGCUGGUCAUCUUGGUAAACUUGAACUUGCUGCCUCAAAUCUUGCUAAUUCAUGGGCUGAGGUUACUGGUUUCUCUUUGAUGGUUGGCAUAAGUGGUGGACUUGAGACAUUAUGUGGUCAAGGAUAUGGAGCAAAAAUGUACAAGAUGUUGGGAAUACAUCUUCAAAUAUCAUGCAUAAUAUCAUUCUUAUUCUCUACAAUAAUUGCUAUUAUAUGGUGGUAUUCUGAUAAAAUUCUCAUUUUACUUCAUCAAGAUCCUGAUAUAGCCAAAGAAGCUGGUGUAUUCUUGAAGUACCUUAUACCUGGAUUAUUUGCCUAUGGUUUCUUGCAAAACUUGUUAGCAUUUCUUCAAUCACAAUCAAGUUUUAUCCCACUUGUUGUGUGUUCAUUGACAACUUUAGUGUUGCACAUUGGCAUUGCCUAUGGUCUUGUUAAUUGGACAAGUCUUGGUUUUACUGGUGCACCAUUAGCAGCUUCGAUUUCGAUUUGGAUUUCAGUACUCAUGUUGGGUGUUUACGUGCUCUUUUCGAAGAGAUUUAGUCAUGUAUGGAGGGAUGGUCUAUCAUUUGUGUCACUUCACGAUAUAGUUGUGAAUUUGAAGUUGGCAUUGCCCUCUGCUGCUAUGGUGUGUUUGGAGUAUUGGGAUCAUGAGUUUUUUGUGUUAUCUGCUGGUUUAAUGCCUAACUCAGAAACAACUACUUCACUAAUUGCAAUGAGUGUAAAUACAGAAGCUGUUGCCUUCAUGAUGUGUUAUGGUCUGAGUGCAGCUGCAAGCACUAGGGUGGCAAAUGAGUUAGGAGCUGGAAAUAUUGACAAAGCUAAGCAUGCAAUGGUUGUUACUCUCAAGCUAUGUGUUCUUCUUGCUCUUGUAGUUGAUUCGGCUCUAUAUUUUGGUCAUAAUGCAUGGGCUGGCCUCUUUAGUGAUAGCAAAGAAAUAAUAAAGGAAUUUGACACCAUGGUGCCACUUCUCUUAGUCUCAUUUGUAUUGGAUUUCUUUCAAGGGAUUUUAUCAGGGGUUGCUAGGGGAUGUGGAUGGCAACAUUUGGUUAUGUUCAUCAACUUGGCAACAUUCUAUUUUAUUGGCAUGCCGAUAUCUUGCCUCCUUGCUUUCAAGUUCAACCUACAUGCUAAGGGUUUAUGGAUGGGCUCAAUAUGUGGGCUAGCUUGCCAAGCUUUGGGCUUAUUGCUACUAACAUUAUUAACCAAAUGGGAAAAAGUGGCAGCUUCAACAAAGUGCAAUAGAGAAAAUGAAAUUUUAGCUUAAGUUCAUGAGAAUCAUUUGUUUUGCUUAUUGGGCCACUAGUGGGCUUGUUACCAUUUUGAUUGUGGGCUUAUUAUUUGUGGCCCAGUUUGUUAAAAUUCAAAAUUUUAAUAACUAAAAAUUACACAAAUACACAAUUCAUGUUUUCAAUAUUACAAAAAAUUCCAACUCCCUAAACAUAUUACAAAAA